CCUUUCAGCACAACUGUUCAUCCUCAAGAGGAAGCCACCUUUCGCAAAGCACUCUCUGGGUCAAAAUCACCAACUGGUCCACCAACUUCUCGUUCAGGACACCUGCUUCACAUUCGACUUGUCGAAAGAGAUCAGCUUGCUUCUGUGCUUGUGAGACUGAGCAAACACCUUCGUUGCUACUCGCCAACUGCAUUUCCCGAUCAAGACACCGCAGCGCCUGUCAGGGCUCAAGUACUGCCCAUCACUCCGGAGAGGUCCGCACUCACAUUCGCGGGACACGAAGAUGGACUCAAUCACACAUCUCACUCACAAGCUGCUUGCCGAGCGUGCUCGUCAACAGCAAGAACAAAAGCCGACUGAGACCGCGCCUCCGCCAUACUCAGCGGCAGACGAUGACAGCGAUGAAGAGGACGACGAAGACGAGCGUGCAGUACCGACGAAGCUCACCAUCAACGCUGCUCACAACAUCCAAGGUUGCAACAAUCUGGUUCCUACCUCAACAUCACCUCUAGCAGAUGCCACCAGAUUCGGCACAAUUCUACUCCAAGCCAUCAGCCAAAUCAACGGAGCACAAGGGGUUGCUGAUCACGCAUCAAAGCCUCGUCGGGCACUCAAGGUGGAUCUCACCAUCAACUGUGGUAUCACCAUCGUGGGUGAUCGCAACGUUAUCGGCAAUGUAGGCUUGAGAGCCAAAAGCCCAGCAGAGACCACCGCACCAUGUGCUGCUGGCGCAAAGCGGAAGGCAGAGGAUGGACCUUCUGAGGAGCCAACCGCUAAGAAGCUUGCAGUUGUUGAGGAGUGAAAAGAUCUUUGUCACGACACUGGCAAGCGUCGAAGACUUGCACAUGUUCAGGAUGCUCACUGGCUCUCGCCAUGCUUUGUUGCUGCUGUUACUCUCUCGAAGAGCUGGGAGUCCCUGUUAUUAUUGUUUUAUGCCCGG